CCCAACUCUCAGGCUAAUGCAACUUCCUCUCUGUAUCUAUAAAAAGUGUAGCUCUGCAGAGAUGUUUACUAAUUGCUUUCUCAUCUAACAAACAAGCAAUCUGAACACAUUGUUUGGUCUUAUCAUGACUAGUACUGCACCCCUAGUAAAUUCAGGAGACAUAGAGCACCUGUUGGCCCCCUACAAGAGAAAUCGAUGUAUAGAUUACUGUUUGGUUAUUUCUGUGGUGCUACUCACAUUUGCAGUGGGAUCUCUAUCUGCUUUUUAUCUUUUACUGGACCGACCUCAUAUGGAGCGAAGCCUUAUGGACCGGAGAAACCAUCAGACAAGCAGUGCUCAUCUCCUGACAGAGAAUGUUCUUCUAAAGAAUGACAGCAUGAGGUGGAUUUCUACUUCUGGAAUAGCCAAUGUGUUUAUGAGCUCUGAUUUCAGAUAUGAUGAUGGAGAUCUAAUUGUUACCCGAGUUGGACUGUAUUAUGUAUAUUCACAGAUGUCCUUGACCUGUAAAUCAGCUGAUGAAUGCUUAUCCGAUAGUUCAGUGUCUCUCACCAUCCAGAAAAGUUCUCUAUCUGAGCAAAGCAACAUCCUGAAACUCAACAUUCAACUCACUGAAUCUUCCAAACAAAGUCUUGCUUCAACCUUCUCAGGUACUCUCCAACUUUUCUCUGUUGGGGAUCGUCUAAGAUCCAAACUCUGGACUGACCGUCUGCAAAUGGAUUGGCAAUUGGACCAAAUGAAUACAUUUAUGGGACUUUUCUGGGUUAGUGAAAACCCUAGCCAGGAUAAUGACCCAUAAGUGGACAAUAAGAGGGAAUGUCUCAUCAAUAAUUGUCUACAUCUAAUAAUACAGCACUACAGGACUGUCUAUAUAAAUAUGUGCGUACAUUCCCUGUGGGAUUUACUGUUCUCUAUUCUCCACAUGUGUGGGGUUAUCACUUCAAGUUCAAUAGUUAGGGACAUUGAGUUUUUACCUUAUAUAUGCUUCUCAGGUCAAAGAACUUGAGGUAUCGUUGUUAUCACUGUGUGAUGAUUAGAAUAUAAUUUUAUGAUGUUCUCUCAAAAUCAGCCCUCAGAUUUUUACGUUGUCACUAACCUACCUCCAUUUUGGAGGUAGGCCAGAUAUGUAUACAAGGGCUUGGGAGGAUUUGCUGCUAAAUGUUUUUGUAAAAUAUUUAAACACAAAUAACACUCAGGUAUUAAACUGCUUUUUAUUCUGGGAUAUUUAUAAAGCAAUCUCUGACAUAGUUCUCAUACAUCUAUUAGUGUUUCUCUUAUUUAUUAAUGGUGGCACUCUUAGACUCCUGAAAAUAUGUGGUCUCACAUAUGUCUGGACUUCAGAAAUAAGUCUCUUAUGAGAAUCAUUCUUCUCUUCUUUUAUAGUGUAUUUUUUUAUUUCUGUCUUUUACUGGAAUAAUGCAUUUUAUUCACUAACUUAUUUUGUAGAGGAAUGUCUUUAUGAAUUAAUGUAUUUAUUAAAUGUUGAUUUAUAUAUUUAUUUUAAAUAACUAUUUUUCACUGUAUUUAUUUUUAUAGUACACAAAAUAUAUUUAUUAAAUAUUUAUUAUGUAAAAAUA